GUCAUUCGCAAGACCGCAAGGCAUUCUGGGACAUCACUGACAUCACUUCCAUUCUUUGCGGUGUUCGUUCCACAAGUUCUUCAAAGUGGAGCAGGUGGAACGUCAGUUGAAACACAAUUUGUAGCUGCCCUGAUUCCAACGAAUACAGGGAGCAACGUCAUCGGAGAUCGUGGUUUUUCGCCGUUUUCAGCAGCUCUUGAUCUCCAGACACUACUUUUGAGCGGCUCACCAUGGAAGUAAGCAUACAUUCCCAACAUCUAAAAAGUGUGCUCCCUACUCCUGUGGGGACCUGCCUUUCGGCAGUUGGCUGUCUCAAUCUCUCGUCGUAGCUUUCGCGAGGGUGUCCAGUAUACAUCAGAACAGCUAUGAUAAUUUAGCUACAUUUGAGCAGUAAUUAAUGACGGUAGCACCCACUGGUGUGCAAAUGUUUAUGCCGCCGUAGGUGGCAUAAACAUUUGCACUGUAGCAUGUCGGCACACGCUGACCUGCUGACAUCCCCAAGCAUGUCAGCACAUGCACAUGAGUUAUAGCUGGGGAUGUCGGCACAUGCUGACAUCCCCAAGCAUGUCAGCACACGCCCACGAGUUAUGGCUGAAUAUGGGAAGUUGCGGAAGCGGUCAACAGUAUAAUUGUGCGUCGCAGGCAGCCAACAAAAUUGGGUUUGAGGAAUUGCCUGGCUCUUGGCAAUGUUCCAUCCAUCGGAUUUAUUGAUGUCAACGAACAUGCUGUUGUCUGUUGUCCAUUUUCGGACAAUGAAAUGCGAAAGUAGUUACGCCGAAGGACGGUUGUGACUGCUUCACGCUGAGUGCGACCAAUACAAAAACUUGCUUUGAGCGUUGUGGGGCGCUCUUUUGUCUGCGAAAAGAUAGCUGAGGUUCUGAAUUCAUGCGCUGGCGCGCUCGGCUAUCUAGGCAAACAACGGCCAUUCCGAGUUCGGUGGGCGGACCAAGCGAAGGCCUUUCACAACCGUGUGCUCCUUUUGAAUUUUUGCUCUUGGACCUAGCAAGCACUUAUCCCCCAGUUCAUGAUUAUCUCCUGAUUUUGAGGGUGCACUCGCUUGGUAUUUUACGGUAGGUCCAUGGGACAUAGCAGAUGGUAAUCGACGAAGGCUCGGCAGCCAUUCACCGGAAACGGGACGAGAAGAGCCACCCCGGGCAUUGCCCAAGCACGAGGACGCGUGUUGUUUGAGGAAUUUCUGCCCAGAUGGCUCGCUACCGAGACACGUGCCCCGUGGACUGCAAGGUCUACGUCGGCGAACUGGGCAACAGCGGCACCAAGCACGAGCUGGAAGAGUCCUUUGGCUACUAUGGCCCCCUGCGCAACGUCUGGGUGGCGCGCAGUCCGCCCGGCUUUGCCUUCGUCGAGUUUGAGGACCCACGGGACGCGAGGGAUGCCGUGCGCGCCCUUGACGGAAAGAUGCUGUGCGGCCGCAGGGUGCGCGUAGAGUUGUCGACGGGCAAGUCCCGCAACUCGUACCGCGGCUCUUCUCGGCCCUUCCAACCGACCGACCGCUGCUACGACUGUGGCGAGAGGGGCCACUACGCCAGGGACUGCAGAGUCUACUCCCGCAGGAACUCCUCACGCCGAUCGCGGUCCCGGUCCCGGAGCCGCUCGUUCAGCCCAAGGCGCGGCGGCGGCGGAGGCGGCGGUGGCCGCUCUCGCUCCCUGAGCCGCUCCCCCCGGCGGUCCCCCCCUGCUGGAUCCCGCAGCCGCUCACGCAGCCGGUGAGUGGGACAAGGAGGCCCCCUCCCGUGCCAGGGCAGGUCUCCGGUGGGCAAGAGGGGCCGAAGUGGGUCCAAGUCUCCAAGCCGCCGGGACUCCCGUAACGGAAACCUGGACUGAGCGCUCCCCUUUUCCCCGUUGCACACAGCUCCCGCACGUGUGCCACCAUAUUCAUCGGUUCGUCGCCCGCGGUGUCGCCUCCCAUUCCUGCAGUAAUCAGCUUGCCCUUCCCUGCAUUGUUCUCGUCACUGAGCUCGUCUCGUCGCCACCCGGAACCCCAAGGUGGACGGGGGACGUUCUCAUUCACCGUGUUUUUCGUCUGUCACGUGCUGCAUGCAUGCGUAUCUCGAGACACUGGCGUGGAGACACUCCAAGCGAUUGUUUCGAAGACCGUGCAACUGAAGUCUUCAACAGUGUGUAUUGGCUUGCCAUUGGAUUGUCCUGGAAGUAUUCAGUGCCACUUUUCAUUCUUUCCUGUUUGGUGUCAUCAAAAUAAAAAUUGCUCCUUCACCGA